AUGCGGAUUGAGUGACAACAUGAGGUCAAGCUCUCCUGCGAAGCCGCUCAGCGGGUGUAAAGUUACGAGCGCACAGGACACACCUCCAGGGGGAGUUCCGUGGGAGGUGGAAACAAGGAGCCGAGAAGCGCUUCUGCUGCAGAAAAGUUAGAAGAGAGGAGAGACGAGGGGAAGAGAAGAGGGGGACAGAACAGAACUGGGAGCGGAGAGAAGAGGAGUGCAGUCUGCAGCGGCUGAGGGAGAAAAAUGCCCGAGAUGGGCAACUCUUUACGCGCGGCUGCCCUGCUGGCGUUCGUGGUUCUCUCCAUUCUGGUGUCACUGUUGAUCAGCAGUGUGCAGCAGUUUGGAGCCAGAAUAUCGCACUUUUCUAAUUCAACGUCUUCCCCAGAAGCUGGUGAUGAAGAGGAGCUCCACAGAGCCUUGAUCCAGCAACUCAGCCAGAGACGCAGAGAGAUCCUUCCCCUCCUUUUACCUCGCCAGGGUGACCGUAAUAAUAAGGACAGGAGUCCACUUCAUCCAGAGCUCGAUCUGAGUGUGGAUUAUAAUCUGUGGAAUGAGAUCACGCAUGGCUCCAGGAGAACGCACAUGGAUGAAAUGGGCUGUGAUUCUCUGGUGGACAUGCAUGCGGUGGAGAUCCUUGGCUCUGGAUACACCAAGCUGGUUGUCAAAGUCAACCUGGCCGGAGGUCAGCCUGUGGCCCUGAAGCUGGUCAACGAGCAGGGCAUAGACAUGGGCAAGUGUGUGGAGGAUUUUAAAGACCCCCAGGGCUGCAGGGAGCUGGUGUCUUACAAGCUGCAGAAGGAGAUGGUGCUGCUGCAGAGGCUGAGGCAUCCAAAUGUCAUCAAGCUGAAGGGUCACUGUGCAGGAAAUGCAGGAGGCCAGGGGGAAAAAGGAAGAGUCACCGUUAUUCUGGAGCAGGGGAAUCCUCUGCAGAUGAUCCAGCUGCUCCAGAGCCCCUGGGAGGACAGAUUCAGGAUUUGUCUAGACCUGGUCAGGCUCCUCCACUUCCUUUCCCAGUCUCCGCUGGGCUCCGUGGCUCUGCUGGACUUCCAGCCUCGGCAGUUUGUCACGGUGGGUGGCGAGCUGAAGCUGACAGACCUGGACGACGCCAGUGCAGAGGAGACGCGUUGUCAGAGCUCGGCAGACUGCAGCCUCCAGUUCCCAAACAGAAACUUCACUCUGCCCUGCUCCGCUCGGGGAGUGUGUGAGGGUCUCAAUGAGAAGAGGAACAUUUACAACGCCUAUAGGUAUUUUUUUACCUACCUGCUGCCCCACCAGGCCCCGCCCGGCCUCACACACCUGGUGGACAACAUCAUGAACUCCACAGGGGAGCUGAAAGCUGACAUCAAUCAGACACUGGAGGCCUUUGAACACAUCCUCUCCCUCUACCAGUCUGGCCUGCACCUGGACAACCUGCCUCCAUCAAUAAUCAGAGAUUACAACGUGAUCCGAGGAAUGGGAACGUCAGGGAAUGUGGAAUACCGCUGCUGGCCGUCCUACAGUCAGCAGGGCUGCGUUCUGUCGGUGUACAGCGCCAGAGAGGCUGCGUACAUCUGCAACUCCCAUUCUCAGUGCAGCAGCUUCUCUCUGACGGGACAGAAGACAUGGACGGGACGCCUCCUGGCCUCCUUCAGGAGCAGCUUCAGUCAUCUGGUGCCUGAUGGGACCUCGGAGGUGUAUGUGAAGAAAUCGAAAGCACCUGAAACGACGGCUGCGUGAGAGAACGCUCGUGUUUCAAAAUCGUCCGUCGGAGUUUCUGUGGAGCGGCACGAAGAGAUAACGCACGGCCGGCGAUGUGAAGCAAAUGAAAAUGUUGUGCUUUAAGAUAAGAAAACGGCGUCGUCCGUGUGAACACGUUGAACGCAGCUCAGCUCUGUGGGUUCACAGGAGGAGGAGGAGGAGGAGGUGGUGUUUGAAGUGAGGCAAGUGAAUGUGAUGUAUUUAUAGGGCUUCUGCUCAGUGACUGUUUGAUCUGCCUGCCAGCUCACUGCCUCUGCCAACUACUAUUUAAAGGGAUUUCCCUUCAGGUACAAUUAAGGAGGGAGAGUCUCAUGUGCCCUUGACAUGUUUUUUUUUUCCUAACCUUGUCUUUAUUUGCCAUGUGUGUUGGCUUUUUUCUGGUGAGGCCAGGUCUACGUAGUAGGACUUUUAAGCCAAAGAGGUAAUGAGAACAGCCACUGCUUCUCCACGUUUGAAGCCUGAGGACGAGAAGAGAAAACAAGCUCUUAUAGGAACACACUUUGAUGUUAAUGCGCUGAGGCUGCGCCUGUUUUUCACGGUUCCCCGGCUCAGCUGCGCCGUGGUAUGAGACCCGGCGAACGCCAUGUAAGCGUUUACACGUCAACGUGGAGCACAGAUUAAAACCAUUCCAAAGUCGAUUUUACACGCUUUCGUAAAAGAAACAAACUUUUUAGUGCUUAGUUCACAUAAAUAUUUAUACGGUCAAAUUGAAUGUAAAUGUUCGUACAUGAUUUGUGCACUAUAGCUUACAUGCACCUUGUGGGUGAAUCUUUUAUUUUCAAUGAAAAAUUGUUCACUUCAGUGUUUUUGUUUUUAUACAUCACUAAAUGUUACUGUACAGUUUUUGUAAUUAUAUAAAUGUUAUGUUUCUACUUUUAA